CAUGCAAAAGACAGACACAAAACAGCGCAAGCGCGUGCCCGGCAUAUCGGAGCACCUCAAAGCGAUACGCGAAAUCAACGAUCGCAUAAACGCAAUAACAACAAGCAUAAAGGAAUGCAAGGACCGGAUAACACAGCUCAUCAGGGAGGAGAAGAGCAGCAGUCCCAAGGUGCAGUUCAUAGCACAGAAGCAGCAGCUCAACGAUGACUUGAGCGCUGUGAUGUCCGAGCGUGACAAGCUAAUGGAGGAGAAGAAGGCGCUGCUGCCCGAGUACUUGAAAAUUAAGGAGGAGCUGGCAGCCGAGAAGCGUAAGAUCAAUUUGAAAGAGAGCGUGUUGGAGCUGGACGGCAAGAUUAAGGAGAUUAAUGACAAGAUAGUUAUGUGCACGCUUACCAAGCAGCAGGAGAAGGACUACGCGAAUAGAUUGAUGGAUUUGAAGAAAAAGAAAACGCUGUGCGCAGCGCUCAAGGGCAAAGAGCAGCGCAUCAAGACGAUGGGCGAUGAGCUGCAUGUGAUCAAGGAGAAGCUUGCACACAAUGCCGACUCUGCGCACAAGAUCAAGCUGAGCAUCAACGACGUGAGGAAUGAGCUCAACCGGCUCAGGGAAACGAAAAUAAAGAACCCCCGGAUCGAGGAGAACGACGUAAAGAUCGCAAAUCUCAAGAAGGAGAAGGACGAACUGCUCGAUAAGAGGAAGAAGAUUCAGGUGUUGAUACAGGAGAAGGAAAAGGAGCACGAGCGCUUGAUGCAGGAGAUGGAGAAGCAGCUGGAGAUAGAGAACCAGAAGAAGGAGAUUGUAAAGGAGAUGAAGGAGAAGGAGGGCAGGAAGAAUCUCCUGCUCAAGGAGAUUGUAGAGAUUGAUCCGCGUAAGUUCGAUAUUCUUGCGAACGAGCUCAGGAAAAUGCAGAGCAAUUCCCUGCCGCUCUCUCUUGUGAAGUCGCUUGCAGAGCUCAAGCUGCCCAUUCCGAAGGACAGCGAUGAUGUCAGUGCGCUCUUAGAGACCAUCAAGGGCAGGAAGAAGACGUACGAGAGCAGCAUAGUUGACAAGGUUGAGGACAUUAACAGGAAGAUAAAGGACAUUGAUGUAGAGUUGGUUAAGUGUAAGGAAGAGCUUAGUAAGAUGCCCGUGGUUGAUGUGGGCAUAAGGAGGAUGAAGGGGUAAUUAAAGAGCUUUCUUAA